UGAUGAUAAUGUACUCUUGAGAAAGUCACAUACGAACAAAGGAAAGCGAACAAAACAAACAUUUGCUUUUUUACCCGCUUUAGACAACGAUCUUUCAUGGCUUACACUAACAAGAUUCCAGCAGCAGCUGCGGUUGCGACAGCGAUGCUAUUUUUAGCAGUUAUGAUGGCUCCCCGGUGGACGGAGGCACAAACGAUGCCAAAUCUGGAUCCAGUGUGCACAAUAUUGAUUACUGACAUCAUGACAAAAUGCUACUUAUCGGGGAAUUUGGCGCCAUCUACAGAAUGCUGCGAUGAUCUCAAAUCGGCGAACAGUAAGCAAGUAACUUGUCUCUGCGACAAUUUCAUUGCACAUCCUUCUAACAACAACGUCACACAAGCUCUCUUGGAGGUAUACCACCACGACUGUGGCGUUGCUGACAAAUUCGCCUGCAAAGCAGGAAACUCCAAUGGAGGAGCAGCUAAGAAGAUCAGUGCAUCAAUUGGUCUACUUGGUUUGGCUACAAGUCUAUUCUUUUAAUUAAUUAAAGAUUGGGCUUAUCAAAUACUAUUGUGUAAUUCUUCUUCUUUCUUAUUUUGUUGUUUAUAUUUUUGUUUUCUUCCAAAUCUGACAACUGGAAAACCAAUAUAUUCAUUUAGUUGGUCUUUGCAUUUGUAAAAAGCUUUGUUAGUAAAUGGUUAUAUUGUAACUUGUAAGUCUGCUUCUGAAAUAUAUUAUUGGAUUAUCCUU